UUUGCUUCUGUGCGGUAAAUGAUGUUGUGAAUCACGUCGAAGCGGAUCAUGUCCGAUCCAAAAACGAUCAUCGAAGGAUCCAUCAAGUACCGUGAUGGCAAGAAGUGGAAACCUCGAUGGUGUGUUGUCAGCAAGUUAUCUCCUGUAGCAGACUGUAUUCAUCUACAGUUGUAUCGAGAUAGUAAAGAACGGUGUCAAAAUGGCCCAACCAAAGCAUCCUUAUCGCUGGAAGGAUUUUUGGGAAUGGAGACGUGUUUUACCUUGGACAAAGAAAGCAACACAAUGGCCCUUAUCUGCCCAGAAGUUGUCGUUGUUGUGGCCUUUGACUCUCGAGAACUACUCAUACAGUGGCAGGUUAAGAUUAGAGCCCAUCUCGUUGAAGAACAACAACACCUAGUGCAGAUUUCUCACAUUCCACCAAAAAGCAAGUUACCGUGUGGACCUGCACGACUUCACCUACAAGACUACACUUUUUGCUUAACAGCCGGUAUACCUCCCAGAUUGCUAGGCACAUGGCCUUUGAAAGAACUUCGCAAAUUUGGCGUGGUGGAGAAUAAAUUCUGUUUUGAAGGUGGCUCCCUCUGUGGUCGAGGAGAAGGAGUACACGUUCUUCUCACUAACCAAGCUGAAGAUCUGACGAAAGCCUUCGAUUUAGCCACCAGAGGCAAGCUAGCCGGAAAGCGAAAAGUGGCAUCUAGAAAAAAUUCUGUUUGCGAAUCUUCAACUCGAGUUUCUCUACAGUCAAAAACCACCAUCAAGUCCUUUGUCAAAUCAAGUACUGAAUCGAGUCGAGCCUUACUUGGGGAUUAUCCAGGGAAUAACACUUGUAAACUUCAUUAUCGUUGGCCCUCUUCUGCUUCUCAUAGCACAGCGACAUCUGUAGUUGCAGUUAGUGACGUUGAGAGUAUGGAGACAGUUUCGAUGAACCUUAGUGACAUCCAAGAGGUAUCACCAAAACUUCCUCAUCGAACUGAGAGCAGCAACCCUGUGACCAAUCAAAUUUCAUCAAAUGAUAAAUCAUUGUGGAAAUUUGACCAUUGUUCUAAAUGCGGUCGCCACUACUGUACAAAAACUGGAAUCGCACUAAAUAACCGGCAGAGGUCGUAUUCUCCAGACGAUCGCCGAGAAAGCCGAAAUUUUGCUACUCCGUGGGCAUUGGAACUUCGACCAUUAUUUACUUCUACAGAGAGUGUAUUGCGUACAAGAAACUCCACGAAUCGUCAUGACAAUAAACGUUUCGUAGACAGGGCAUCGCUUAGCUCACAAAGCAGUCACAGCAGUAGCAGCACCAGUAGUGGAAGCUCUGAAUAUUCUGUUCCACGAAACUGCUUGGAAACAUUAUAUGAUCGUCCUCGAAGUAUCCAUAUUAAUAAUGGAGUGACCACGCCAAAGAGUCCUUCUAAAGUGACCAGUAUAGGAAACAGUCCAAUCUGGGAAGAAGUAGGAGACCGAACGAUGAACACUUCUGGUCAACCGACAGAUAACAUUUGCUAUUGUAUAGUGCCAUUUAGUAGCAACACGUUACCUCGCUAUAUUUCUUGUUCCUGCUUACAAAGUCGAGCACCUGCCCAGAACGAAAGUCAGACACCAGGACAGAUGACUAUUAGCAGGAAAAGCUGUACUUCCCUAAGUCUACCUAAGACUCGUCUGGAACAAGUAUCAACACUUGACAGGGGCUUCGUGAGGAAAGAGAAUGCUCAAACAUCUGUAGCCGUUGAUAUUUGUACAUGUUGCCUAAUUCCAAAUCCUUGUUCCCAUUACGCUAUUCCCAGGACAGCUCUGGCUAACAUGUAUUUAAGGGAACUGAAGGAAACAAAAGAAGAUUGUAUUGCUGAAGGAAAGCUGGAACCGGUUACAACUCCGAAGGUUGACGAAGCGUUAGAGCAAUACGAUGUUCCUCGAAAAUUUAAAGAACACUUGAAUAUUAAUCAGAACACCACUGCACUGCUUCCUCCAUCUAUCAAUGACCAAUCACAACGUACGUCUUGUCUGCAAACCCACGGUAUUGUAGCACAGGGUCCUGUAUCUUCUGAAGAAGCAUUUCCUUCCUGUUCCUGCCAAAAUUUGAUGACGAACGAUAGUAAGGGAAGCUUGGUUUCACCCUCGAGCAAACCUAUCUCUGAAAAAAUAAAUAAUCCUUUCAACUCUACUAUUACUUCGUCACUCCCAAAUAAUUUACAAGACACAAAUUUGAAUAGUCUUUCUUUGGAAAAGAAAGAAAAUACUUUAGAAAAGUUAAGUGAAAGAUUGAUUACGAGAGAAACAUUAAUAUGUACUUGCAAAAAAAUGUUUCCAAGCCCUGUUUCAAUUCAUCUUGAUAAACAACAACACGUUCUAUGUGAUGAUAGUACUGCAAUAAAGCAACAGUGUCAAAGUACACUUCAAUCUCAAGAAGCAUUUUCAGAUUAUGUUAACAUGGAACAUGCCAACAUUUCAAAAGACAAGUCUGAAUAUAAAUGUGAAGAGCCUACUCCUAAUAUACCAAAUUAUGUCAAUCUAACAUUUAUUGAAUCUCUUCCUCUGUAUGAAAAUUCAGAUGCUUUAUUGAAAAUAUUUCCGACAAAACCUAGUGAUUUUCACUCAUCGAACGUUGGUGAAAAAUCUAGAAAACCUCCAGUAUAUCCAAAGAAAACACCACCUGGUCCCAUAAUAAAUAUACCAUUGAAAAAUCCCAUUCAAAAAAGUGAUAUCAGUGAUUGUAAUAGCAUAACCACUAAUUCUACUCCCUGUUUUAAAGGAACUUCGGAAGGAUUAUAUAAUAUCGUGUCUUUUACUGGCAAGAAAUGUAGUUUAGAAGCAGAAGACAGUGAUAAUUAUUUACUAAUGGAACCUGUAGUUCCUUGGAAAUUAAUGAAAGGCUUUUCGUCAUCACAAGGUAACUCGUAUACAUAUCCUCGUACUUUAAAGACCCAUAAUGAUAGACAAAAACCAGAUUCCCCAGAAAAUAUAAUAACAAAAUUGCCUCUUUGCCCUUUUAUUCCCUAUUUAUUACCCUCGAAAGAAAUCGAUAGCGGUGGUGGACGUUGCAGUUUAAAUAGCAACACGGAAAAGACCUUCGUAAGUCCAUUUCAAAGGAGAAAAAAACUAACUUUUCAAGAAAAUACAUCUGAAACAUCUUUAUUAAAUUCCCUUGGAAACUCAAAGAAAACAAUCUCGGUCUGUAAAAUAUCAAACUCUGCAGCAACGUCUAAAAAUCAAUUAGAAGAUACUAAAGAGCAUGCUCCAAGGCUAAUUGGAAGUCCAAAACCUUCACCUGUCAGAAAAUAUUCCUUCUUUUCUAAGUUGCCAUUGAGGUCUAAAGACAAAUCGCACAGCACUGAUGAAAUAUCUCCAAUCUCCUCUGAACCUUCUUCUCCAAGCUAUAGACCAUUAGAAAACCUUCAAAAAAAACCUGCACAUCGCUCAGCAGAUUGUCUCAAACUUUCAGAUGAACACAGACUGUCUGAAGAUGAACUAGACCAAGAAAAUUAUGAUGUAAUAUUAAGCGAAACAAACGAUUCGUCAAGUAUUACAAAAAAAUCACCAGAUGUUCCUUGUAAACCAAAAUAUCGAAGUUCUCAACCUAGCCCUUCUGAUUCAGGUGUAUCAGUCAGUUUACCUCUCAGUGGUGACAAGGAAACAACACUUGGCAAGAUAUCUCCUCACAUUGUCUGUAGUUUUCAUGGAUCUCUACCAAGAAAGCUUCAUAAAAUAGAAUGUCGGGAAAUUAUUCGUACUAGCAAGAGGCCGUGCUGCUUAAUUAAAAGAGAUUUCUCAGAUCAUCUCAAUAAUCGUGGGCCAUUUAAGAAAACAGACGAGUGCACAUCUCAAAACAUUCAAGCGUACCAACAACUGAUAUCUCCAGAUUGUCCAUCAACCACUGAGCUCCUGGUGACAGCCAGUAGUUCCUCUUCUGACAUGAGUGAUUACAUAGAGACUUUAUCCUUGUGUUCACACAGUAGCACAAGCAGUGGAAGCAGCUGUGAAUGUAUGCAUGCUGAAGAAAUCUAUGUUCUUGCUCCUGGGACCAUUGGGUCUAAUAAAUACAAUCUUCAAAGAACUUACUCCGGUCAAGAAUGUCUUCUUCUGAGCCAUAGUAAAUCACUAUCCAAUACUUCAGUUACACCUCAACCUUGUUGUUACACUGGAGACUAUGGUGUCUCUAAGAACACGUCUUCGUUAUGUUCUGAAAGUUACAGUUAUUGUCCGUGUUCUAGCUCGGAGACUAAUGUUCAGACAAAAGAUCCUAAAAUGUUAGAUUACGUUCUAGUAGACACCUCAAAUUCAGAUCACACAGUAAAAUCUGAUUCUCUGGAGUAUGCUUUAAUUGACAUUGUAGCAAGUACACCGAUGAAAGACAAUGGAAAAGAAUGUCCUACUGACACUAAAAACUGAAUGUGAUUCUUUCCAUUGCUCAGAAAACUUAGUAAAGCAUUCGUACUGGUUCUUUUAGCUAAAUCCAAGUGAUAUUUUCAGCUGGUUUGUAUGUACUUACAUUAUAUUUAUUAUGAUUAAACCAAAUAGUCAGUUUCCUUGUAUAUAGAUGAACGUAGGUAAGAAAUCAAAAUAGUUGAAAUGUUGCAGGCAUAUAUAUAAACUGCAUUUGAAACAAAACAUUUCAUGCUAAAAUAUUUAAAAGUAAGAUUAUGGUUUGAAGACACUUUGUCUUAAAUGCUACACUGUGAAGGAUCGGUAAUUUACACAUACUAAUAUUCACACAUUUGUUUUGAAUAUUCACAGUUUUCAUAAUAAAUAUCGAAAUAACGACCUUGUCAUAAAUUGCAGAAGUGAAUCUUUUAGAAUACUGUCCGCAAUGUCAGUAUUUAAAAAUCGCUACAUAAACUAACACGAUUAUAAUUCAAAUUAACUCGUUGAAACUUCCUAUAAUGUUCAUGUCACUAGGGUUAGAGAAUAGUGUAAUGCUGUAGAAGAUAUUGUCAGGCUUAUCUUAUAGCCAUUUUUGGAAAUCAGAAAGUGGUGGAAAGAUUAGAAAUGUUCUAAAAAAGGAGGACAUUGAGAUUGUUAAUUGUCUUUACCAAAGUUCAGAACAAAAAAAAAGAAAUGUACAAAAAGGAGACUCGAUGUUGGUUUUUUUUACUUGUUUGUUUUUCGAAGUAUCCAAAACCACAAACUAUAAGUACAUACAAAGUCGGUUAUCUUCGUUUUAGUUAUUGCUUUUUACGAAGUUCUUAAAUUAUUAGUUUUAUUUAAAGGAAACAUUUCGUAAAAGAAAUGUAUUUGUUUCGCUUAAAUAAAACAAGAAUUAAGUUUUAUAUACAAGAAACAGUAUCAGAAUGAAAAAAGUUACUAAACACUCGUUUAUUCAUGUACUUACAAGUGUUAUUUGUCAUUAUUAUCGAGUAAAAUCAAAACCAGUAAUUUAGAUAAUAAAACGAUUCGGAUAUACGAUAGUUCCUUUUUUGAAUCUGUAUGUUAGGGGAUAUUUCAUCUAGAAUAACACAGUUAGUUGCAGUUCUGUUUUUAUUCUCGUUCUUUUCUGAAUAACAUCAAAACAUUUUAUGAUCGUUGCUGAUAUCAGUAAUUGGAGGUUAUGUACAUUCAUCAUUGAUGUCACAUUCUUCAUAUAAUAAAAGUCGGUUCCUCUCCUACUAUCAUUUUUCCACGCUCCCUGUGUCACUGCUACGUUUUCUAACAUCAUAACAGUGCCUGUAUAGGGUUAAUAUGAAGGUGUCGCAAUUACAUAUCAGGAGAACGGUUCCAUGAAGCGUACUUGGUUUAAUCAGUACAAAAGAGAUUUCAUUCAUUAAAUAAAAAAAGAGGAAGCAAAGAGUUAUUUGGAAAGUAUGUUGUUUUUGAUUAGAGUUCGUCAAUCUUUAUUCUCUGUCGAACAAUGCACGUAAGAACGUUAUUUUGUAUAGAGUACAAUGUAAGUUAUGUGUGAAUAUAUAUAAAAAAUAUUUGUUCUGUAUAUUUUGGGGUUUGUAAAAGUAGAUGUAUAGGAGGAAUUAUAGGUUUAUAAAACUUUACACUGGUUUAGUUUUUCAUCUGUAAGUUUUUGGUAGUUGUAUAAUGUAGAACACUGUUUUUGUUGGCUUUUACCAUAGCAUUUUCAGAACAUCUGUCAGUGUGUGUGUGUCUUGGAUUCCACACGUGGAUAUACUAGAUAUACUGAGCACGUACAUGGGAUAUUUACAUAACCUUAUCAAAACACCUUUGUACUCUUGUUGUAAUAAAGUUGAUUAAAGUUUCGUGUCCGAAA